UUCAAUGUUUAGAUGCUGCCAAUACGAUGGUAUUGUAUGAGCUUUUUAUUUUUAACCUAGAAGGCCUUUGAAACUUUUUUAUAAAGGUUUUAUUUCAUGUUUAGUUCCAUUGUAUGGAAUGUCUCUGAAUAUGGUUGGUCAGACCAUUAGCCCAAGAAGUGACCCAAGUUAUGCACCAUUCUUUGUGGAAUACUCCUUGAUGACUGAGUAUGUGAUGCUUCAGAGACAAAGGUUACCUGGAGUGUAUGUGGUUCCAUCAGCUGGUUCACCUCUGAAAUGGUUUGGAGUGCUAUUCAUCCGUCAAGGGCUUUACCAAGGAGGAGUAUUUCGUUUCACUUUGUACAUGCCAGACAAUUAUCCUGAUGGGGAUUGUCCACUGAUAGUUUUUGAACCACCAGUUUUUCAUCCUUUGAUAAAUAUUGAAACUGGAGAAUUAGAUGUAAAGAGAGGUUUUCAGAAAUGGAGAAGAAAUGUCAAUCAUAUUUGGCAAGUAAUUCUGUAUGCUCGUCGAAUCUUCUAUAAAAUAGAAAAUCAAAAUCCAUUGAAUCCAGAAGCAUCAGUUUUAUAUGAGAGAGACCUAGAAUUGUUCAAGGUCAAAGUGGCUGAGAGUAUAAACUUUUGUCAUGAAAAGUUGUAUGACAUUUCAACGCAAGAUCCACAUGCUCUCCGCUUCAGUCCAUGGGAACCAGCUAUACAUGAAAAUAUUCGAAAAAAAUUAUUAUCUGGAAGUAAAGAAGAAGAUCAUGAUACUAAAGCCUCUACACCUUCAGGCCUAUCCUGGAUUCAAAAAGGAACUCUAAAGAUAUUCUCAAAAACAGCAUCUUAAAUCUGCAAACUAGGUUAAUGUUCAUUUUGAAUAAUAGCACUUUUCUGAUAUUUAAUUGAAAUAUACUUUUACAACAUAAAUAAACAUUGACAUGAAUUUGUUUAAUUUUAAGACUUAUUUUGUUUUUCCAGUGCUAUGUUUAUUCUUCACAACACAUUCAGAUUUCAGAAGUAGUGAAUACAAAGUUCAGUUGGAAAUAUAUGUAUGUAUGUAUUUCAGAGUAAUGGAUAACAAAUAGAAACUAAAUCUGUUAUACUGUUCAGAUUGAUUCCUUUAAAUAAUAAAACCUCUAGUUUAUAUAGAUAAACUUGAAUUUGAUCAAAAAAUUUUGAUCUCACUUAGUUGUCAGUAAUACUGUACGUACACUAACUGAAAUAAGGCAUAGGGAAAAGUCAGCCUCCUGCCAAUUGUGUUACGCCCCUGUAUAUAUUAUCCGGACACUAAUGGUGUUAGUUAUCUAGGAACUAUGGUGAACAUCGUGAAACUUAAACUUGUGUACUGUUGCAAAUUAUCAGUUAUUUUAGCCUAGUAAAUGUACUUUCUACUUUUCAAAAAAAUAUAUUUAAAAUAUUUAUAGUGUAUUUGAUGAAAUGUAUGAGUAAAAGUUGUUAGGGUCUACUGUACUUAUAAAUAUUUACUUUCUGUGUAACUGACAUGUGGGUAGCAGCUUUAUGUAAUUUGUGUGCUGGUAUUUUUGAUCUAACUACACACACACAAACUAAGAGAGAAUAAAACAAGAUAUUGUGUAAAUUUAA